AUGAAGUUCCAAAUCGCUCAGGUUCUUGCUAUCGCUAGCAUCGCUACUGCUCUCCCUACCAACUACGGCUCCGGCUCUGGCACCACCCCAGCUGCUCCCAUCACCACUGGAACUUCUCCCAGUUACGGAUCUGGCUCCAGCUCAGGCCCCAGCUACGACUCUGGUGCUUCCGAUGAGACUCCCAGCAGCGGCAGCGGUGGAAAGCCCAGCUACGGUGGCGGCAUUGGUGCCGGUCUUCCUGGACUCGGUGGCUCUUCUGGAGGCAAGGGCGGCCUCGGUGGCAUGAUCGGUGGCUUCAUGCCCGGCGGCGGCAAGCUUCCUGGACUCGGUGGCUCUGCUGGUGGCAAGCUCCCUGGCAUCGGUGGUGGCCUUGCCAUUCCCGGCAUUGGCGGCGCUGCUGGUGCUGGAGGUGCUGCUGGUGGCAAGGGCGGACUCGGCGGCUUCGGUGGCCUCAUGGGCGGACUUGGCGGCGCUGGCAAGGGCGGACUCGGUGGCCUCGGCGGCCUCAUGGGCGGAAUCGGCGGUGGUGCUCACGGAGGUGCCAACGGCGGCGCUCACGGAGGUGCUGGUGCCGGUGUAGGAGGAGGAGCUGGUGCUGGUGUCGGUGGCUCCGUUGGCGGAGGUGCCCACGGCGGUGCUGGUGCUGGCGUUGGAGGAGGAGCUGGUGCCGGCGUCGGUGGCUCAGUCGGUGGUGGAGCAAACGGCUCUGUCGGCGGUGGUGCCAACGGCGGUGUUGGUGCUGGUGUCGGUGGCGGUGCUCACGGUGGUGCCGGUGUUGGUGCUGGCGUCGGCGGCGGUGCUCACGGUGGUGCUGGUGCCGGUGUUGGCGGCUCUGUAGGAGGUGGUGUUCACGGCGGUGCUGGUGUCGGUGCCGGUGCUGGUGGUAACGCUGGUGCUGGUGUUGGCGGCUCUGUUGGUGGCGGUGCUUCCGGAUCUGUUGGCGGUGGUGCCGGUGCCGGUGCUGGUGGCUCUGGCUCAGUUGGAGGUGGUGCUUCCGGCGGCGCCUCUGGCUCUGGCUCUGGCUCCCACUACUAA